AUGUCUAGUGAAGCUUCGAAUUCGAUUAACUUUUACGGGAAUAUACAGAACAAUGGGAUCAUAGCGUCAGAAGCUACUAAAAAUAGGAGUGUGACGAAUACAACACAUCCAGAAAAGAAAAGACCGGCCGAGGAUGCCUCUCAUGUAACCACUUCUCCUCCUAAUCUUCGGCAUCACACCCCGCCGCCCCAUUAUAUCUUAGUAAGUUCCGAUAGUGAACCCGAUGAAGACGAUAAUUCGGAUAAGGAAGAAAAAUUUUGUCUUGAUAUAAAUACCGUUUCGUUUGACGAUUAUGUUGAUCAAAGUAAAAGAGAUUCCAAGUGGAAAUUACUAGAUGGUCGGCAUCUUGUUAAAGCUCUUAAUAGUAAGACUUCCGAAAUGGUUAAACUAUUUCCGAAAAAAGACAAAAAAGAGCAAACCCUAAUUGCGAAAAGAUUGUCUUCAAUAAUUGAUUUAUCAUCCGAGUUCGAAGACGGAAUGUGUUCAUGGUUUGAGAAGGAUUGGGCUAAUAUUAAAAAAAAGGUUUAUGAAAUUAUUGAUAUGAAGCCGAAAGCUUUCGAGGGGGAAGUGGAAAAUGUAAUAGGCACCAUUGAAGAGGAAAAAAUGAGUGAAAUCGAAUAUGCAAUUGAGAUGAUUGCACCGAUAAUGAGCGAAAUAUUUAAUGAUACAUCUGAAUAUAUAAAUCUUCGCUGGGGAGAAACGCUUUCCAAUGUAAUGUCCGAUCGGCGUAGAAAGAUUGAUUUACGAAUCAUUCGUAUCGCGGAUAAACUUGAACUAAGUCAUUCAGAGUGUUCAAAGAUUCCAUCUCCUACGAAAAUAAUACAUGACCGGUCAAAAUGUUUACGUACGCUGAAAGGUGUUUUAAAUAAUUUUUUGAAAAGAGACUUAUCUGAUGAAGAAGUGCGAGAUUCAAAAAUUCUAGGAAUUCAGUUUUCUGGUUUACACGGUCAGAUUAUAGGAAUAGAACUUUUAGAUGAUGGGUUGUACUUUGGACUUGAAGGUCCAACUUUUGAAUUUCCGACACAAUUUAUGAAUAUUAAAUGUCUCCGUAGUGCCUUGGAGGCUUUAUUUUUUUUCAAG